GUUGGAGGCUAGUGGGUGGAGCCUAUUUGACUGUGGUGUAUGUGUGCAUCCGAGGGCGUCCAAACGGUUGAUUGCCUCGUGAAAAGGUCCUUUCGUUGAAAAAUUAUGGAACCUAUUUGGAGAAAUUAUCCUUACCCAACCUACCCAGGACAUCACAAUUUUCAAUUUGAUCCCCUACUGUCAGAUGGCUCCCACACGGGCGUCAAUCAAUUGGGCGGUGUAUUUGUCAACGGGCGUCCUCUUGCUGACACAGUUCGUGCUCAAAUAGUCGAAAUGUCACAACAUGGUACACGACCAUGUGACAUAUCAAGACAGUUAAAAGUCUCCCAUGGAUGUGUUUCGAAAAUCCUCGGUAGAUAUUAUUCAACAGGAUCUGUCAGACCAGGUGUAAUUGGAGGCUCAAAGCCAAAAGUUGCCACACCACGAGUCGUGGAAUGUAUUGCUGGUUAUAAAAGAGCAAAUCCGACAAUGUUCGCAUGGGAAAUACGACAGAAAUUGAUUGAGGACCAAAUUUGCGGUGAAGAGAAUGUCCCGUCAGUGUCUUCAAUUAAUCGAAUUGUACGAAAUAAGUCAUUUAUGGCUCAACUCGCGGCCCCAACAUCCGUGACGUCAUCAGCUGCCAGGCCGUCCUCUGCUACGUCACAUCAUCAACGAAGUCCUCCGAGAGGAGUACAACAACAUAUGCAACAAUCUACUUCUGUACAACAGUUACAACAAUUGCAAUUAACUUCUGCAGCUACAGUAAACUCACUAAUGACUCCGCCUGCUUUCGCAAUGCCUGGAACGGCAUAUUCAAUAAAUGGUCUUCUCGGAACACUCCCACAGCCGUCCCUAUUGGAUGAUAAAUUCACUAAUUUGUCGACUCAAUCCGCCGAUAUGUCUCUUGUUUAUUCAACUGGACUUGUCGGAGAACACGAUUGGACAAUGAGGACUCCAAUGGUUAUUCUACCACAAAACUAUUGUGGACAAUUGUAGAAAUGAAAGUUAGCUUUAUUGAGAAUCCAAUAUAUAUUUUUUGCUAACAAGGAAAGUAUUUCAAUUUAAAUAUUCCUGGACUUUGAAAUAAAAACCUCUAGUGACCUAUUUUUACUAUAAGUUGAAAUACUUUCCUUGUGAGAAAUUAUUUGAAAUUAGGAUUCUUCAAAGAAACAAAUCUUGUGGAUAAUCUCAAUAAAGUGCACUUUUUUAAUUUUUUAAACUCCAGCCAUUCACCAUUUCUCUGUGAUUUUUCUCCUCGAAAAUUCCAUGAUUUUCUGUAAAUUACACAUUCAUUCUAAUUUUUAAAUACUUUAUUUUAUUUACAAGUUUUAAGUUUCAGAUAAUUUUUAAUGUCUAUUUUUGUAAAUAUAUUCAAUCCAACUCUCAUUAAAAAUGCAAUAUUGAAAAUGAAUAAAUCAAAUUUAUUUUGAAA